AUGGCGAGCAAUAAUGACCGUGUGCUGGUCACGGGAGGAUCUGGCUUCAUCGCCAUGUGGUGCAUCAUCCAGUGCCUGCAUGCGGGUUACCAAGUCAGGGCCACAGUUCGGUCGCUGAAACGGGUCGAGUCCAUUGUUCAAGCCCUGCGAUCCGCGGGAGCACCGAACCCGGACACGGUCAUCUUCAAAGAAGCCGACCUCCUCCAGGACGACGGCUGGAAAGAAGCCGUCGAGGAUUGCACCUACGUCCUUCACGUCGCAGACGCUAGCGUGAAACGAGUUGUCGUCACUUCUUCAUUUGCCGCCAUCGGCCAGGGACAUCGAGGCCGAGAUCCACAAAAGCCCUUCACCGAGGAGGACUGGACCGAUCUUGAUGGGCCGGGAGUCGGCGCCUACGAGAAGAGCAAGACCAUUGCCGAGCGUGCGGCCUGGGACUUUAUCGAAAAAGAAGGGGGUUCGCUGGAGCUGUCGGUAGUCAACCCGGUCAGCGUCAUGGGUCCCAUUCUAGGACCCGAGAUAUCCACCUCGAUCCAGGUGGCCAGCCGUCUCUUGAGCGGCGCCAUUCCAGGAUGUCCCAAUAUUGAAUUUGGUGUGGUGGAUGUCCGCGAUGUGGCCGACCUGCAUCUCCUUGCCAUGACGCACCCCAGGGCCAAAGGAGAACGAUUCUUGUGCAUGUCGCCGCCCGCCAUGUCGAUUCGGGAUAUUGCCCUCACGCUCCGUGACCGAAUGGGUUCCCAGGCUAGGAAAGUGCCGACGAGAACGAUCCCCAAUUUUGUGUUGCGGUCUCUUGCCUUUUUCGACUCGGGAAUCGCUCUCGUGGUGCCGUACCUGGACGAGGCGCGUCCUGGGUCGAUCGAAAAGGCGAAGACUUUGCUUGGAUGGAACCCUCGCUCCAAUGCUGAUGCCGUCGUGGCCUCGGCGGAAAGUUUGAUCCGCCAUGGAGUCGUCAAUGUCUAA